GUCUGGGAUAUGUAGUUUCUUACGCUGCGCAGAGCCCUGGAGAGCUGCGUAACUGCGUCAGCGGAAGUGUUUUGAGAGGUCACAACACAAGGGUUAGUUUUGUAAUGUUAUGAGAAAUUGAGAAUCAGCACUACAAUGGAGGAAAUUAAAACAGAUGAGAUCCACCUGAGACAUGUGGAGACAGAUGUCCUUAUCCCCAAAAUGAUGAGGGAGAAAGCCAAGGAGAUCUGUGUCGAAAAAGUUGAAGCCUUCAACCACUGCUGCAAAGACUCGGGGUUCCUCAUGGUGUUAAAGUGUCGAGAGCAGAACGCAGCGCUGAAGGAAUGUCUGACAAUACACUACAAGGACCCUGCGUUCUUCGAGCAGUGUAAGCAGGAGUACAUCAAAGAGAAAAUUGAGUUUUUGACGACAGGGGUCGCGACGAAGAACAGGAAACAAAAACUCCCAACUAGCAUGUAGCUAACAACAUGAUAGCCUCCCCCCUUCUGAAGGUGCAGAUUGUGAGACGGGUCAGAACCAGCUCCAUGUCCCCCACGGCUAGGAUACAGGCUCAUCUUUAAAGCAUAGCCUGUUCCUUUAUUAAAACCUGUGGAGUGACUGAAAUCAGUUUGGUGUGCAAGGAAUAUAUCUAAUUAAUGGCUUCUUUUUUUCUGUAUAUUUGCAAGAUGUUUUCUGUCAGAUUGCUGGAUUGAUCUCCCUCACUUGAUUAAAUCAGCAGCUUUAACAUUAUAUUUAGCGAUGAGCUCAUUGAUGAAUUGAAUAUACAGAUCUGAUCAUACAGUCUCCUCCUGUAUCUACUGUUGUGUUGCCUUUGCUCUGCUUACAGCUUGGUACAAAUCUGAAGUGUAAAACAUCCUUUGUCAUCAAAAAGGGUUGGUUUCCAAUUAAAGAAUCUUGUACAGCGUAUGUAAGAAACAUCUCAGAGCAUUGCAACAUGUAUGAUCAUUUGAAAUAAGCAAUGACAUUGUAAAUAAAGAUAUUCAACUGCACUAAAGUGUGUAUCGAUGGUAAAUGACCUUUAUAUAUCCAGUCUAUGUAAAUGACACACACAUCUAACAUCCUUUGUUUAUUUGAGUUAUUGUCUGUACAACAUAGACGUUUUGACGUUCUUGACACUGGGGAAAUUAAAUGUCCAAGCAUUUGCUGAUUAAAUUGGUUGUUCUUAUCUCUAA